AUGUCCUCGUUGGCAUCUAGAAUCUUCUCAAAAGCGCUCGUCGGCCGGACCCUUCAGGCGCCCGCUGCCGUCCGCCAGUUCUCCGCCUAUCCCAUCGACGACAGCAUGUUCGGGCUCAACGAGGAGGAGAUCGCUGUGAGCUUGACAAAAUUCUCUCAACUUUUUCUGACCGUAUUCGUUUUCAGCUCCGUCAGUCCAUCCGUCAGUUCGCCGACAAGGAAUUGGCUCCUUUCGCUGAUAAAAUCGACAAGGAUAACGGGUGGGAUGGGCUCCGUCCGUUCUGGAAGAAGCUGGGCGACCAGGGACUGCUCGGCAUCACCGCGCCGACCGAGUACGGUGGCUCCGCAAUGAACUACUUCUCGCACGUCAUCGCCAUGGAGGAGCUGUCCCGUGCCGCCGGCGGAAUCGCGCUUUCCUACGGAGCACACUCGAACCUGUGCAUCAACCAGAUCGUGCGCAACGGAUCCGCCGAGCAGAAGCAGAAGUACCUGCCGAAACUCAUUUCCGGAGAGCACAUGGGCGCCCUGGCCAUGUCCGAAGCGUCCGCCGGUUCUGACGUCGUUAGUAUGAAGCUGCGCGCCGAGAAAAAGGGCGACAAGUACGUGCUGAACGGCACAAAGUUCUGGAUUACGAACGGACCGGACGCCGACGUGCUCGUCGUGUACGCGAAGACGGAUCCGUCGAAGCACCAGCACGGCAUCACGUGCUUCCUCGUCGAGAAGAACACGCCCGGCUUCUCGCAGUCGCCGAAGCUCGACAAGUUGGGAAUGCGCGGGUCGAACACGUGCGAGCUCGUCUUCGACAACUGCGAGAUCCACGAGAGCCAGAUCAUGGGCGGCAUCGGCAAGGGAGUCUACGUGCUGAUGACCGGGUUGGACUACGAACGACUGGUUCUUUCGGGCGGACCCCUCGGGCUGAUGCAGGCCGCCUGCGACAUCGCCUUCGACUACGCCCACCAGAGAACCGCUUUCGGACAAAAAAUAGGAUCUUUCCAGGUAUAAUAAACACCGAGUUUCCGCGUCAAAUGAUCAAUUUCAGCUGCUGCAAGGAAAGCUCGCCGACAUGUACACGACGCUGAACGCCUCCCGCUCCUACUUGUACAUGGUCGCCAAGGCCGCCGACAAGGGAAACGUGUCGAACAAGGACUGCGCCGGAGUCAUCCUCUACGUGGCCGAGAAGUGCACACAGGUGUGCCUCGAUGCUAUUCAGAUCCUCGGCGGAAAUGGAUACAUCAAUGAUUAUCCGGCCGGAAGACUCCUCCGCGACGCCAAGCUCUACGAGAUUGGAGCCGGAACUAGCGAAGUGAUCCGCACUUUUCAGACAAUCCAAUAAAAUCCAUGAAUUUCAGGUUCGCCGUCUCAUCAUCGGACGUGCGCUCAACAAGGAAUACUCGACCUAA